GCAAAUCUGAGAACCGUCUGAGUCCACUCCUGCUUGGACAUCAAGACACGCAGAAAGGAGAAACGCGAUUCACUCGUUGCAUCUCACAUCACAAAUCUCUCUGUCUCACAGUCAAAGCGCGCUUCGGGACUCGGAACCCAACCUCCAUCACUUCCCUUUCAACGAGAAUCACGAACCCUGCGUUUUAUGAGCUUGUCUCAACUCCGCCAUGAUGCUAUUGGCUAUGACUGGCAACGCGCCUAAGCACGGUAGUGCUGGCUCUGGUUUCUUUACCAAGCGCCCCUUCUCACUUUUCCACUCUCUUUGCCUUCUGGUCAUUGCCUUGGCCUUUUCAGGACAAGUCCUUGCCGACUGCGAAUGUGGCUAUCAAAGUGAUAACCUCGACGGCGUUUAUCAGAAUGUCUUCACCGAUCUCAUUGAGACGAACUUUGCCCGCAUGCCCGAUAUUUCCACCAACACUGACUGGCUGCGCCAGGAGUUCAACGUGACCAAGUCCAAGGCUCGCGGAGAAUAUGGAGAGAUGUUUUACAUCAACGAUGACGUGGAAUAUGUGGACAAUAUUGGCAACAGGGCCUCUGACGGCGUGCAGCUCAUUGUCAGACAGGACCUGGUUGACGGUAUGGUCCCCGUGGCGGAGAUCGAUACCGCGAGGCUGGAUCUCUCCUAUGGCACUUUCCGGGCUUCGAUGAAGUUGACGGCUACCCCUGGCACUUGUGCGGCAUUCUUUUGGUACUUCAACGACACCCAGGAGAUUGACAUGGAAUUUCUGUCCAAGGAGUUCGACCACAGCAAGAACACUUAUCCAGUCAACCUUGUGCUACAAUCCCGAGCCGCCGCCGCGCAUGGCUACGACGCCUCGCAAACCGACAACUUCAUCAAGGCAAACCUGCCCUUCGACCCCACGGCUGAUUUCCACGAAUACCGCAUCGAUUACAACCCAAGCGAGAUUCUCUUCUACGCUGACAGAGAACUGCUCGCCAAGAUGAAUGGCUCCAACGUUCCGAGUCCUACUUCACAUGGCCACCUGAUCUUGUCGCAUUGGAGCAACGGAAACCCCAAGUGGUCUGGCGGUCCCCCGAAGCAGGACGCGCAUCUGGUCAUCCGCUAUAUGAAGGCCUACUUUAACUCGACUGACCCUAAGAGAACACAGGAUUGGAGCGGUCGGUGCAAGAAUGCUAAAGCGCAGACCUCUGUGUGCAAGAUUCCGGUUGUGACUAGGGAGAAUCAGACUGCCAAAGAUUACUUUUUUAGUGAUUAUCCGGACAAGGCAAAAAACCAGACGGUGUAUGAGCCUACUAGUGGUGCGAGAACCUUUGAAGCGGUGGCGCGCUGGACAUUGAUGGUUAUUUUGUUCAUGGUUGGCUUUGCAGGGGGCUUCUUUUGAGAACUGGUUUACUGUUCGAUCCUGUGGCAAGGAGAACAUAUCAAGACACUCCUGUGGCAGGGGGAAAAGUACGAUAGUAUUAGUACCUGACGGUUUAUAUGCGUGUGCAAAUUCCGUUCGAUU